CAAAUCGAAUAUAUAGACUGGCCGUUUUUCACAAAUUUCGAAAAUUAUAGUUUUAUUAUUGCGCUCGAAAACUGUGAUAGAAAAAUCCUGGUUCAAAAAUGUCCCGUGCCGUGCUCUUUCUACUCCUUGUCGUUGCUUAUAUCUGUAUAAGCAACGUGAACGCUUGUGGACAAAACGAACAAUUUAAAGAAUGCGGAGGUUGCGACCAAAGAUGUGGAGUUGAAAACAUCGAAUGUCCCGAGGUUGGUUUCGUACACGUGCCAACCUGGCUGCGCUUGUAUCAAAGGAUUCGUAAGGAAUGCCGCAAACAAGUGUGUCUUACCUAAGCAUUGUUAAGAUCCGAUGAUACGAAUUAAUUGAAAAUAAAUGCUAUUCCUCGAAUA